AUGUCAACUCAAACCAAGCCAUGGAAGUGCUCUCUGCAGCCGUCAGCUCGCUUGGAAGGAGCAAAUAUCCCAACUACUGCAUUCCCAUUGCACACCGAGACGAGUCAAUCUUUGGGUCUCCCGAGUGUGCAGUUUGACGUCGGUUGUUUGCAGGGCGUGGGGAAAUCAGAUGGUCUCAGUUCCUUGAUUCAUGGAUACGCCCGUUGGAUUAUGUCCGUGAGUGAUCAAAGUCACAUCUCGUUUUGGAUCAUGGCAGAGAAUGCAGAUUCAACCGCAGAAUACGCAGUCGUGAUAGUGCACUACACGACUGAACAUCAAGCUCUCACGUGGGAGGUGUACGAGGCUGCUCUUGAAGAAACGGAUAACGUGGAAUUCGGAAUGCGCCUUGUAGAGGCAGCAGACAUUGCGGUGGAUUUGCCAAAUUCCAUUCGAGUACUAUUCUCCAUUGAUUUGCAAUCGUUGCGUGGCGAUCUCACCUAUCGAGGGAAAUUGGAGGAGGGAACGAAUAUAUCAAGUUUUGAUCGGUUGGAAUUCUAUAUGCAACAGACACAAAACAAAGAUUCCAAUGCCACCUUUUGGAGAAAGGAGCUGGCGGAGUUUGUGGGCUGUCCUGAGAGAAAAUUCCCCACGAUAUCCUGUGACCGUUUGCUCGCCUCUACCAGAAACACUCCAGUGCUGACGCAAACCCUCGCACUGGGUGUCUCAUGGGAAAGGUUGAACAGCCUAGCACAAGAAUUUCAUCUGAGCUCACCCAUCUCAGUGAUUCGUGCGGCAUUUGCAUGUAUCCUGGCCGAAUAUAUCGAGUCAGAUAGAGUGAUUCUAGGGGACUGGCCAUUGUCAAAUCUUAGAGAUGGCGACUCGAUAACCCCACUCCCGAUCUUGAUUUCCACCGGUGAUUCUGUCAAUGACUUGCUUUCUCGGAUUGAUGGAUUCACCACAAGAGCAGCCACGUUCCCAACCCCGCCUCUUGAAGAGCUUCGUGAGAUUUUGCGUGUUCCUUCAAAGGAUACCCCCUACAAUGCGCUCUUUACGCAUCAAUCUGAUGCUUUAACUUGCCAGAACUCGGACGUAGAGUUACAUGAGACACUCAUGGCAUUCUCCAGUGCACCCAUGCAGCUUAACUUCCAACGUUCAGAGAAGGGCAUGCUCAUUUGUACACUAUAUGCCAGGGCUGACUUGAUGGAUGUACCCCAUUUGGAACUGGUGAUAAGACAGAUCAAUGCUCUCAUUGUUGUUGUGUCGUCCCAACAAGCCGAAUCAGUUCGAGAUCUUACGCAAUCCUUCCCGAAUGACCUGCUCUCGGUCCACUCACCGUUGGCUAGUGACCAACUCCAACAAGCCCCUCUAUUAUCCCCUGCACAUUGGGUUGAUCAUUGGGCAUCCAGCAAUCCCACUUGGAGUGCCCUCGAGAUAAUAGGGAAUAUCAGUGAGAACGAGACUCUCUCUCAAACAUGGACAUACGAUGAACUAUCCCAAACCUCCAAUCAGCUAUGUGCAUGGCUUAAAGCUCAUGGAUGGCGCAAUCAAUCCAUUGCAGUCUGCCUCAGUCGCUCUUUCAUGGCCUACGCACUUGUUCUAGCAAUUUGGAAAAGUGGAAAUUGCUAUGUGCCUGUGGCAGAAGAUCUCCCGGAGGCGCGCCAGAUCUUCCUUCUCGCAGACAGCGGUGCUAUGGCAUUUUUCACGGACAAGAGCGUCGCCAAAACAAUUAUCCCUCCUGAGAAUUGUCUAGUGAUUGAUAUUGAAGACCCCGAACUUCUUGAAGAUACCUGGGUAAUCGAACCAGCCACCGAAUUCGAUCCUAAACCAACCGAUGACUGCUAUCUUCUUUACACCUCUGGGUCAACGGGAACGCCCAAAGGUGUGCUUGUCAGUCGGGGAAAUCUCUCUGCCUUUACUGAAGCGCAGUCAGAAUAUAUCUGUCGGGAUGUACCAGAUACUCUAAAGUUGAAAGGCACAGGAAGUUAUCUUGCGCAUGCCAGUCGGGCCUUUGAUGUACACAUUUGUGAGAUGGUGCUAGGCUGGCGACAUGGCCUUCGUCUGGUAACAGGUCCUCGGACCAUGCUUCUGGACAAUUUAUUUCUAGUUCUCACCCGACUAAGGAUAAGUCACGCCGGAUUUGUUCCUUCACUCCUUGAGCAUGCCGGUCUUAGCGCUGAGCAGCUGCCCGAUCUCCGAUAUCUCGGCCGCUUCGUCGGCAAACCAUCCAUUGCACUCGUGAACGCAUAUGGCCCAACUGAGGUGACAAUUGGGAUGACAAGCCACACGGUAACGCCUCGGUCUACUGUGCGCAAUAUCGGUACUGCUGUCGGUAACAUAACCAUCCACGUUUUGGAGCCCGACACGACGAGAUAUGUCAAGCGGGGUCAGGCAGGAGAGCUCUGCGUGACAGGUGAUUUAGUCGCCAAUGGGUACCAUCGCAGACCCGACGCAGGUGGCUUCACUGAUUUAAAUGGGCAACAAAUGUACCGCACUGGAGAUAUUGUGCGCUUGAUGGCCAACAACUGCGUUGAGUACUUGGGCCGGCGGGAUAGCCAGGGUAAAAUACGUGGUCAGCGUCUCGAGCUCGAAGAGGUUUCAGUGGCGGUCCGUCGGUGUGCAGACUUUCCAGUCAAUGUCACCUCAAUAGUAACGCCCUCCCCAAUCACGAAACGCCCUCAGUUGGUCUCAUUCAUCAGUCCUUCCAGUAACCGACCAGAAGACACUGCAACACAACCCACUUUCCUAAAGGACAGAUACCAAACAUGGGUGCCAAAUAUUCUGGCGCGCUGCCGCGUUGAACUACCUGCGUACAUGGUACCCAGUGUCUUGCUCACUGUUAGUUCAAUUCCCAUCCAAAUCUCAGGGAAAGCAGACAAUCGUCGUCUUGUGGCGCUAUAUGAAAGUAUCCCUGUGUCAGAUUUGCUCCUGGGGUCCGGAGAGGCUGCCACUCAUAUUCCUCAGACGAUCGUGGAACCAGAUACCGCGGCUUUAACAGCAGAUGAGGAUCAGGUUCGUGAUAUCCUCUGCUCUCAGCUGCAAGUGGAACCAAGCAGUAUUACCAGAGCCACAAACAUAUUUCAGCUUGGGAUCGAUAGCCUGGCUUCUCUCGGUGUGGCUGCCAAGAUGCGCCGGGCGGGCUAUGUUUGUGCAGCGGGCGAUGUUCUUUCCAAUCCUACAAUUGUACGGCUUGCACGUUUGCCGAAAUCCCACGGAGCCCCAGACCAAGGAUCUAGAGGAGAAUUAUUCUCAGACCAAUCAGAUGAAGCUUCACGGAACAUGAAGGAACUUGACCAAGUCUUCCGAAUGUCCCAGAAAAAAUUCGCAGGUUCCUGUAUUUCUGUGGUUCGGUCAUGUCUUCCUCUUCAGGAGAGCAUUGUCUCCAAUUCCGUGGGUAGCCCGGUCCCCUUGUAUGUCAAUCACAUCAUGUGCCGUUUGGGGCCGAGUAUCACGCUUCCUGCGCUGAAAAUGGCCUUUGAAGAUUUAAUACACGAGAGUGAGAUUCUGCGCACCUGCUUCCAUGUCGCAGAUGACAGGAUAGUACAGGUUGUUUUAAAACCUCGUGCUGUCAGUAUUCCAUGGACUGAGGUCCCUGUAUCAGAUGAAAGCGCCGCUCGGGAUCUGUUCAACAGCGUUCAAACUGGGAUCGCAUCAAACAUCGUCCGCCAAAUUGAGACCAAACCUCCACUACAUCUUCUUGCGGCCAGCGCAGCAAAAAGCAGGGAUCGGGAUGGUUAA